AUGUAUGACAAUUGCGGGAAGAAGUCGAUCUUCGGUUCUCUGAUUCCCUGUCCUUCCAACCAACGUGCCGUGAAACCUUCUGACGAAGCCAAGGACCUUUUGGCUCAGAUAUGCGGAAGUGACUUUCCCACAAAUGACGGCGUUUGCUGCUCUUAUGACCAAUUGAUCAACUUGGAGCUGAACCUCAAGAAAGCUGAACCAUUGAUAAGUUCAUGUCCUGCUUGCCGCAAGAACUUCUUUGACUUCUUUUGCAAGUUCACUUGCUCCCCUGACCAAUCCACAUUUGUUGAGAUUGUCGAAACAACUGAGGCAAUCGACACCAAAAAGGAGAUUGUUUCGGAGUUGACCAUCUUUACUGACCCGGACUAUGCCUCGGACUUUUUCGACUCUUGCAAGAAUAUCAAGUUUUCAGCAUCUAAUAGCUACGCUAUGGACCUUAUCGGUGGCGGUGCUAAAAACUACUCACAGUUUUUGAAGUUCUUGGGAGACGAGAAACCGCUUCUAGGUGGAUCUCCUUUCCAAAUCAACUUUGAGUAUCAGUUGGCUGAUAACGAGGACAAUGGAUUGAAGCUCAACUCCGGUGAAAUGAAGGCUUGUGAUGAUGAAGUCUACAAAUGCGCUUGUUCUGACUGUCCUACGUCCUGUCCGAAACUUCCCAGGUUUCGUAGGCUUGAUAGACAAUGCCACGUUGGCCACUUACCGUGCUUUUCGUUUGCUGUCAUCAUGGUUUGGAUAAUAAUUAUUUUGAUAAUUGGCGUCUACCACAUUCACAUUGCCAGACAAAGGCGACACCAAAUUGAGCAGUGGAACAGAUUGAUAGGAGGGGAGGAGCACCACACACACGCUCAUGAUGACAGCCCCAUCAUUGACACCCACAUCAGUCCAAAGAAUAAGACUGUAUCUUUCAUGUCUCAAAGAUGGCAGUCGUUCCGUGAGAGUGUUGUUAUCGGGCUUGAGAGGUCUUUCACCAACAUUGGGUUCCAUUGUGCCAAAUUCCCUGCGAUAACCAUAUCUGCAAGUAUUCUUUUAGUAAUCUUAUGUGGCAGUGGUCUUUCGCGGUUGACAUGGGAGACAGAGCCUGUCAAGUUAUGGGUCAGUCCUAACGAGCCCGCUUUACACAACAAACAAUACUUCGAAGAUACAUUUGGCGAAUGGUAUAGAAUUGAACAACUCUUCAUCGCUAGUUCAGAGAAGGAUAAGGCAGUGCUUUCUUGGGAAAAUGUGCAAUGGUGGUUCGAGAAAGAGCUUGAGCUCUACACUCUUAGAGAUUCUAACAAUAAGCUGAUUGGCCUCGAGGAAUUUUGCUUCAAACCAUUGGGCGAUGCGUGCGCUAUUGAGUCCUUCCCACAAUAUUUCGGUGGUGAAAUCGGAUUCUUGAAUGAGAACAACUGGCAGAAGCAAAUUUCUUCCUGCGCUGAGAGCCCUGUUGAAUGCUUACCACCAUUUCAGCAACCCUUGAACAAAAAGCUUCUUUUUUCUCUGAGUGAAGUUUUGGAGUCAGAGGCUUUUGUUGUCACAAUUCUUCUCGAGAGUAAUUCAAGCAGUCAAGAUUAUCAGUUGAGAGUGACGGAGUAUGAACAUUCAUUGCAGAAGUGGAUUAAAGGUUUGCAAGCAGAGCGCCCGGACUUGAAGAUCUCCUACAGUACUGAAAGCUCACUAGAGGAAGAGCUUAAUCAGUCAACCAAUACGGAUGUCAAGAUUGUCGUAAUCUCGUACUUGGUGAUGUUUUUGUAUGCGUCCCUCGCUCUUGGUGGCAAAAUUCCGAAGAGCUUAAACCUCAAGGCUCUUAUCAGAACGAGGUUUUUAUUGGGUUUGAGUGGCAUUAUCAUCAUUCUCCUAUCAGUGGUGUCGGCAGCAGGCGUGUUCGCUUACUUGGGUGUGAAAUCCACUUUGAUCAUUGCUGAAGUGAUUCCAUUCCUAGUCUUGGCUAUUGGUGUUGAUAACAUCUUUUUAAUUGUUCAUGAAUUACAUGGCAUCACAGAAAAGUUGCCCGAAGUGGAUGUUGAGGAUAGAAUAUCCCAGGCCUUGGGUAAGAUAGGCCCGUCCUGCUUCAUUAGUGCUGGCGUACAAGUCAUGAUGUUUUUGCUUGCAACAAGCGUUCAAAUACCUGCGGUGAGAAACUUUGCAUUCUAUUCAGCUGGUGCUGUCGGUAUCAACUUUUUGUUGCAAAUGACAGCUUUUAUUUCCCUCCUUUCUUUGGAUCAACACAGACUUGAGAACAAUCGAGUUGAUUGCGUCCCAUGGGUACAGCUUGAUCAUCAAGUUGCACUCGACCAGCAAGACUUUACUGUUGAUCACAUCGAGUAUGACUUCUCAACAUACAUUCGCAAAAGCUAUGCACCUUGGUUACUCAAGCCUUCAAACAAAAGAAAAAUACUAUCUGUGUUUUUGGUCUGGCUCGGUAUAUCAUUGUGUUUGCUACCUGGUAUUGAGUUGGGUCUUGAUCAAAAAAUAGCGCUUCCAUCGAGCUCCUAUCUCGUUGACUAUUUCGAGAGCGUCUACAAAUACUUGAACGUAGGACCGCCGGUCUUCUUUGUCGUUAAAGAUCUUGACGUGACGAAUAGAGAGGAACAGCAGGCACUUUGUGGCAAAUUCUCAACUUGCAACGAAUAUUCACUUGCAAAUAUCUUGGAACAAGAGUUUAAAAGGUCUGAAAUCUCAACUAUCGCAGAGCCUGCUUCUAAUUGGUUGGACGAUUUCCUCAAUUGGCUUAAUCCAGCUCUUGAUCAGUGCUGCAGAUUCAAAAAGUCAGCCUUUGGGGAAGAGUUUUGCUCACCUACAGCACCAGAACGUCAGUGUGAACCGUGCUAUACCGACCACAACCCACCUUAUAACAGUACUAUGGAAGGAUUGCCUCAAGGUAGAGAGUUCAUGAAGUUCUUCAGACAAUGGAUUACAGAGCCUAGCGAUCCAUGUCCAUUGGGAGGAAAAGCGACGUAUUCCAAUUCGCUUAAGUACAACUCUACCAAGGUCGAGGCAAGCUACUUCCGCACUAGCCACACCCCAAUGAGGUCCCAAAAAGACUUCAUAGUGGGCUUCAAAAAUUCGAUUAGAAUCGUCAACGAGGUCAAAGAGUAUAUCGGAGGCAAGAUCGACGUUUUCGCUUUCUCGCCAUUCUACGUGUUUUUUGUCCAAUAUCGAACGAUAAUUUCACUCACAUUUACCACGCUUGCAAUCGCCGCGGCUAUUAUAUGGUUUGUGAGUACCCUUCUCUUGGGCCUGUUCCGCACAGCAACAAUUUUGGUUGUGACAGUGACCAUUGUUCUUGCCAAUAUCGGAGGUGUGAUGGCAUUAUGGUCAAUUUCAUUGAACGCUGUCAGUUUGGUGAACUUAAUCAUAUGCCUCGGUCUCGCCGUGGAAUUCACGGUGCAUAUCGCGCGGGCAUAUUUGACAGCCGGCGAAGAAGAAGAAGACGAACUUUACGACAGCUUCAUGAACAAUGAAGCUCAAUUUUUACAGGAUAAAAGAGCUUCACUGGCAUUUAAAGCUUUGAGUCUGGUCGGAGGAUCUGUGCUUGGCGGUAUUACAAUCACCAAAUUUAUUGGCAUCAGUGUACUUGCUUUCACAAGGUCCAAGAUAUUUGAGGUGUACUACUUUAGAAUCGGUCCAAAUGAAGUCAUCGUGACCGGUACUUUUGAUAACUGGUCUAAAUCCUACCCGUUGGUGAAACAGACCGACGGCUCUUUUGAAUUGAAUGUUCCGCUUGACAGAAGCGGCGAAGUUCUCUACAAGUAUGUCGUCGACGGAGAAUGGACCACCAGUAAAGACCAGAAGACUACAAGCGACUCCUCCGGCCACACCAACAAUGUCUUAGAACCUGUGAAGGCCAAGGACUACAAAGGUACUACCUCUAGAAUUCCAGAGGCUGGUGGUAUUGGCGCUGCCGUAGCACAAGGCUCUUCUGCCACUGCAUCCUCUCAUGCCGGUGAUAAGGACCUCAAGACUACUGUUUUGCCAUCUUCAGAGGGCAAGCAGACUACGUUGGGCGAGCCAGGUAUCUUUGUUCCACAAGCUAAGGAUACCGAGGCUUUAGCUGCCUUCGAGAAUGUCAGAGACGUUGACCCCAAGACAUUGAAUGAACCAAAGGAUGACGAAAAGUUCACCAAAGAAUUGACCCCUGAGGAGAAGAAGAAGCAGAAGAAGAAGUUGAAGAAGACACAGUACAAGCUUCGCAAGAAGCAGCAGAAACAGGCUGCAGGCGGUGCUGCUGUCGGAGCCGCUGGUGGAGCCGCUGCUGGUGGAGCUGCCGCAGGCAAUGUUGGAGCUAAAGCCACCGGUGAAGACAAUGACCAGGAUAACGACCAAUCUGAGGACUCUGAGUACGAAAAGUCUCCUGAGCCUGACGCCGUUGAGGCUACAGUCACUGGAACCAUCCUUGGUGCAGUUGGCGGUGCUGCCACAGCAGGUGCUGGUGGUGCUCUUGUCGGCGCCCUUGGUGGUGCCUCCGCUGGUCAAGCUGCCCACAACUACUCUAGCUCUCAUUCCGAGGAUGCCAGCACAACCACCAAAACAGAGGAGACAGAGGCUCCACAGACAUUGGACCCUGGUAGACAAGCCCACCUUAACAUUCCAGGCAGCAUUGCUGGUGUCGACAAGGUUCCAACUCGUGACGACGACAACUUAGCCACAAAGACAAAGACUCUUGACACCUUAACCUCUUCCGAGUACGUUGACUCCAAGGAUGAGGAUGCUCCUGGUAGCUCCAGUGCUGCUGUGGGCGGUGCUGCUGUUGGAGUAAUUCCAGAAGACAAGAAAGCCGAGGCAACUACUCAGGAUGGCCUCUCCAAGCAGAAGGAAAACACUGAAGAAUACCCAGUCAAGGGUGACUUGACUCAAGCUGGUGCCGCUGCUGUUCCCGUCACCGCUGUUUACGAGGACAAGAAGUCUGCUCAGAAUGGCGCUGAUAAGCCAUCACCUGACGAUGCUCUUGAGAAGCAGAAAGAGAACAUCGAGCUGUACCCCGUCAAGGAUGACUUGGCCACCGCUGGUGCUGCUGCUGUUCCUGCCACUGCUGUGUAUGCGGACAAGAAGACAGACGGUGGUGCAUCGAAGGUUGAGCCCUUGGACAGUGACAAACUCGCAAAGAACAUAGAGGACAACACCGAAUUCCCUGAGGAUCCACAAGCCAAGGAGGCUGAGGACAAAGACAAGAAGCACGAUGCUGCUGUGGUGGGAGCUGGUGCUGCUGCUGGUGUCGCUGCUGGUGCCGUUGGUGGUACCGCAGCCUCUCGUGGAGCUGGCGCUGCUCCAGCUAAGGAGACUACCGAGCCUGCCGUUCCAGUACAGCCUGUAUCUCAGGAGAAGGCUGCUCCCGUUUCCAAGGCUGCCGAGCCCAAGGUUGAUGCUCCUGUUGCCUCCAAGGAUGGCUCUGAAGUGCCUGGUGUUUUCGGCAGCGGCUCCGCCGUGACACCAGAGGUUGGUCCUAAGGAGGUCAGCGCAAAGGAAGUCGAUGCCGCUCCAGUAACAAAGAGCAACGACCACAGAUACGACAGCGAGGACGAGAUCAUCAUCGCCCAAGGUGGUGAAAGCGUCAAGCAAGUCGAGAAGAGAAUCCAGGAGUGGGAAGGAGAUGUCAGUGUUGAACAGAUCCAACCAUCUCCAUCCGAGGCAAGAAGAUUGGCCGAGGAGGCUCAUCUCCUGAAGCAGGCCCAGCUUGCCGCUGAGAGAGCCCAAGAAGUGGCCAGUCCAUCUAACCCACCUGCUGGUCCAGUGAAGGCAGAGAAGAAGACCCCCAAGAAGGCACAGAAGGCUCCUAAUGCAGCACAGCAACAGGCAACCAAGACCAAGAAGGGCAUUCUUUCGAAGCUCAAGAAAAUCUUCAAGUAA